UCUGUUAUAUCCAUACUAUUUUCCGGCUUAAUAAAAGGCUCGAAUAGCGAAUUUAUAAAGUCAAAACAAGAAUUAAGGCGCUAAAGAAUCAUGCCGCACUUGAGGAUAGAAACGAAUUUGCCUAGAUCUAAAAUUCCGCAAAAUUUUGUUACAAAAGCCGUUCCAAUAUUAGCACAAGCUCUAGGAAAACCAGAACAAUACUGUGUGGUAUCAGUAUGCCCGGAUUCAUUAAUGAGUUUUGGUGGUUCAACAGAACCCUGUGCCAUUGCAAAUCUGAUGUCCAUCGGAGCUCUUGGGGUGGAACAAAACAAAAAACAUGCUAAAGUUCUUUAUGACUUAAUUGAAAAAGAGUUAGGAGUGUCAAAAUCAAGGAUGUACAUCACUUUUCAAGAUGAACCUACUGCUAAUGUUGGAUACAAUGGCACAACUUUCCAUGCCUUAUUUGGUUAAAUCAUAAUAAAUAUUCUACAAACUAUCAAGAAAAAAAAUAACAAUAAGUAGCAUUUAAAAAAUUUGUGUAUUCAGUCAGGAAGUCUUGGUUUAUUUAAGUAUGUCUAGAAAACCCAAAGCUAUUGGAAGUACACAAUAAAAAUAAAAUUGGUUUUAAAGGGCU